UUUAAUUUUUUCCAUUUUCUUCCUCACGAAGACUCGCGCCUUCUCUCUCUCUCUCUCUCUCUUCGUCUUCGCGUAUCAUUUUCCUUUGUGAUUGUAAAAUUCCCAAUUACCAAUUCCCCGAAGCUCUCCGACAUUUCUCUACCAUUUCCGGCAAUCAGAUCCUUUAGAUCAAUCGAAGCAUCACAAACAGUUACCAAAAUUGGAAUCGUCAAUCUCUAUGCUAUGGUACCGUCGCCGUCUCACUCCGAUCCCUUGCCGCCGAAUCCUCAGAUAAUCCAGCAGUUCCUCAGCUCUGUCCUCUCUCAGCGCGGCCCUUCCGCGCUCCCCUAUUCUGAAGACACCAAGUGGCUGAUCCGCCAGCACUUGGUCUCCCUCACCACCGCCUUCCCGUCGUUGGUCCCUCGUACUGCAACUUUCACGCACAACGAUGGCCGAUCCAUCAACCUUCUGCAAUCCGACGGUACCGUUCCCAUGUCCUUCCAAGGCGUUACCUACAAUAUUCCGGUUGUUAUUUGGCUCAUGGAGUCGUAUCCUAGGCACCCCCCUUGCGUUUACGUGAACCCAACUCGGGAUAUGAUCAUCAAGCGCUCCCAUCCUCAUGUUAAUCCCUCCGGUAUGGUCUCGAUCCCUUAUUUGCAAAAUUGGAUUUAUCCGAGCUCUAAUUUGGUUGAAUUGGUUCGUAAUUUGAGCGUUAUGUUCGGUCGCGACCCUCCACUUUAUUCUCAACGGAGGCCGAAUCCUAACCCUAGCCCUUCUCCGAGUCCUAGUUCUAGUUUUGGGCGUAAUAGUGCGAAUUCUUCGAUUGCUUCAAAUAUGGGGGCUGCUGCUUUCCCACGCCCUGGAAUUCCGCCGAGGGCUUACCCGCCGUCGCCUUAUGGUAGUGGUAAUGAUGUUGCUUCUGUCGCGCGUCUGCAGCCUCAUACGGAAGAUCCCAAUGAAGUUUUCAAACGAAAUGCUAUUAGUAAGCUUGUGGAGAUGGUGCAUAGCGAUAUUGUGGGGAUAAGAAAGACUAGGGAGGCUGAGAUGGAAGGUCUUUUUGGUGCACAGGGAGUGUUGAGACAGAGGCAGGAGGAGCUAGACAAAGGUUUGAAAGAGAUGCAAGAUGAGAAGGAGGGUUUAGAGCAGAAACUACAGAUGGUUUUGAUGAAUGCCGAUGUUUUGGAAGCUUGGUUGAGGGAGAACGAGGGUAAGAUUAGCAGUGAUUUCCAAGUGGAUGACGCAUUUGAAUGUGUCGAUGUGCUUUCAAAGCAAAUGCUGGAGUGUACUGCCUCGGAUUUGGCAAUAGAAGACGUUGUAUAUUCAUUGGAUAAGGCUGUGCAGGAUGGGGCGAUACAAUUCGAUCAGUACUUGAGGAAUGUGAGGUUGUUGUCAAGGGAACAGUUUUUUCACCGCGCUACUGCUGCCAAAGUCAGGGCAUCUCAAUUGCAAACUCAAGUUGCUAACAUGGCUUCCCGGAUUUCUCAAUAUACUAAUGGCUGAAAUAUUGUGGCAAUUUUUCCCUUCAGCUCUGUUGCCUUGAUAUGGUGCACAGCUAUCCACUGCUUGAUUUCUGCUAUUUGGACGGCCUUCAAAGGGUACUACUGGAUGGUUAGAAUUUUGUGAAUUUUGCCCUUUUUUAAUUCUCCAUUUCAAAUAUGUUCACGCAUUUCACCGUUGGAGGGGUAUGGGUAUUGGAAUGAUAUAUGUACCAAAGAAUAAUAUUUGUGUCAAAAUCAUUUGUCUUCUACAAUAUGAUGUGAAUGAUAGUAUUUUUUUUUCAUAAUUGGGGUAAGGAAUUUGAUCUUGACAAUUUCUCUGGGUUUGAUUA